UCUAAAUUGACACAGUUGAUGAGUUUUAUAUAAUGCCGGUAACGAAGAACGCUGCAGAUGCUGCAGUGAAUGUGGAGAGUUCCGAGAAACCAUAUAGUAAUGACGAUAGCGUGACGAAUGAAUCAAGUCACGAAGAAGUUUCCAAUAGACCAAGCUAUAAAAGUGAUCCUCAGAAACUUUUUGAACUUGUUCUGCAAAACUAUGAUGCGUGGCUGCAAGUUAUAAACAAACAGUUUCAGGAGCAAUCGAAAGACCAGCAGUACCUGCCAUUUCCUAAGAAUCAAGAUUUUGAUCUGAAUAAGCAAAAACCAAUUUUUAAUUAUAGUUUACUUGAUGCCCUAGAACAAGCAUCAUCAGACUUUAGUGAUAGAAUACAUAAACUUGAAGAAAGUGAAGGGAUACCAGAAAUACCGAAUUUGCAUCAAGAUAGUAAAAAGAAUCAAGCACAAGGAUUACUUAAAGAAUCAGAAAUUAAUUUUUUAAGAAGUCGAUUAACCGAGAUAGUUAUGAAAAGCAGACAAGGGAUGCCACCACCCAAGAAAGAAGGGUUUUCAUUGUAUGACACCCAAGAUGAAGAAGGAUUACAUGAAGGAAACACUGGAGAUAUAUAUUUCAAUGAAGAUGGGAAUCAAGAUGAUUAUGAUUUAGAGGAAAUUGAAAAUGAAGAUUACCAGUAUGAUUAUUCACCAACCAUUGAAGUAGAACUCAACACUGCUCCUGAAUGUGAAAAACACGGUCAAGAAAUAUGUGACUGUCCAAUCGACGAACAACGCUCAAGGUUCAAUAGUACUAACGAUGAGGGACCUUCGUGUGAGUUUACGUUUGAAUACGACAGAAACGGAGAGUUAGUUCCAACUUAUAGUAACGUUGAAGAAAAACUACGCCUAAUGAGUUUGAAUUCACGAAGUCUUGGUCAAAGCGGGAACAUGAAACUACCUUCAAUUAAAGAACUUAAUAUUCAUACAAAUACUGAAGAAAACUCAUCAAACGAAAAGAAAACUAAAAAGAAAAACAAGAAGAAGAAGAAACAGAAACAUUAUGAAGCCAAUGAAUCAGUUAUUAAAGAAAAACAACAAAGUGAUUGUUGUCUAUUUUGUGAAUAUGAAGCAUUAUUUGGAACCAAACCAAGACAAAUGAUAAAAUGGUAUAACGAGAAAGUAAGAAAAGAUGAAGAAAGACGACAAGAGUUUAAAAGAAAAUUAGAAAAUGCAAAACUGAAGGCUUUGAAAAGACAACGUGAAUUAAGACAACGUCAAAUGGAAGAAAAUGGGUUGGCCCGUACUGAUUCUUACGAUGAACACUACUAUUCCAACGAUGAACACUACCACGCUGCCCAAAAUGCAAAGCAUUCUCCCGAUGAGAAUACUUACGACGACUACGAAGAGGGUAUCAAUGAAGACGGAGUUUAUUGUCAGCAUCACCAACUCUCUCAUCCCUGGGAGUACAAGUGUCCCUCCUGCUCAGAACAUGGCCAUUGCUCCGACAUGUGCUCAUCCGAUCCGGUGCCCCCCGAGUACACUAACGAUUAAAUAGCAUACCAAUUGGUAAAUAGCAUUCUAAUACUAACGACCUUUAAAGAUCUACCAGAGUAAACCCUGGUGCACGGGUGUUUUCCCCACGUUAAAAGACCAUCAGCGGAGACCCGCACACUGCGAAAGGGUUGCGAUUUCUUUUUUCUUCCGUCUUUUUUUCUGUUGCUUUUUUUGUUUUUGUUUUUUUCCAGUCG